AUGGAAAAGGUUUUGGUGAAGGAAGAUCCCAAACUGGACGUUGAAGCUCCAAUUCCAGAUGAAGCCAAGGUCGUAGAGACUGCCGAAGUGAAGGAUGAGAAGGCCAAAGUAGCCCAAGGCGAGCUGGAGGAAUCAGAGGAGGCAGAUGAGUCUGAUGAUGAGUCGGAUCAGGAGGACUGGCAUCGGGAAGAUAAUGAAGAAAACAACUGGCUGGAGUACUACUCUGAUUCGGAAGACUAUUCAGAUUCGGAAGAGGACUAUUCCGACUGGGGAGAAACUGAUUCGGAUACGGACUCGUCGGAUUCGGAAAAGGAGAAGCCAAAGGAUCACAAGCAUGUGGAGCACAAGCCGGAAAAGGAACACAAGCAUGUGGAGCAGAAGCCGAAGGAUGACAAGGCCGGGGACAAGAAGCCAAAGGAGUCCCUAACUCCAUAUCAACUGAAAGUUAAACGCAUUGGAUUGGUGGUCUUCAUGCUGAACUUCCAGCUCCGCUGCAUGGAGAUACUGCACGGUCCCAGGACCCGUGGGGACCGUUACUGCUACAAGCGCCGCAUGAAGUUGUGGAGGGCGCGUCGUCGUGCCAGGGUGGAGGCCAUAGUGGCGAAGCAGAUGAAGAAUGGAGACUAA